AAAAAAAAAUGAUGCAUGCAUUUUAGGAUUCACUACAAUGCACUAUUAUGACAGCAAACGAGGAUUUCAAUUGUUCCAUCCGACUUGCUGUAUUCCUUAGGAAACCCCGCCUAUUUUACAGGAAGUAACUGUCAAACUGGCCGUGCUCACUGACUCUGCUACAUCUGUUGAAAAUCAGAGAAAAGUAGCCAGAUAGGGGGAAAUAACGGUACACUUUUCAACAAACUCACAUAAAACAAUAAUGGAAAGUGUAUCCGCGCCGUUACGGUGCUUCGGCGAAUGUCACGCCGCGGAGAAGUACACGGAUGACGGAGUGGAGACGGUGACUUCGGUAGAACAGAGAAAAGUCGAACGCAGUAUUCAAGAAGUAAUCAGUGUUUACAAGCAGAUACACAGCUUACCGCAGCCCACUCUAUUGAGGGACCAGCACUACCAGUACCUGAAGAAAGGAUUGCGUCAUCUCUCCGAUGCUUAUGAGUGUCUGGAUGCCAGCAGGCCUUGGCUGUGCUACUGGAUUCUACACAGUCUGGAGCUGCUGGAGGAACCUGUGCCCACCGCCAUCGCCUCAGAUGUGUGUAAGUUCCUGGCACGGUGUCAGAGUCCUACUGGGGGUUUUGCUGGAGGUCCAUGUCAAGCUGCCCACCUGGCUCCUACCUACGCUGCUGUCAACGCACUCUGUAUCAUCGGCACCCAGGAAGCAUACAACAUUAUCGACAGGGAGAAGCUGCUCUCCUUCCUGUUCUCGGUGAAGCAGCCAGAUGGGUCCUUUGUGAUGCACAUAGGAGGAGAGGUGGACGUCAGGAGUACGUACUGUGCUGCAUCAGUGGCGUCUCUCACCAACAUCAUGACACCCACACUCUUCCAGGACACUCCCACAUGGAUUGUCAGCUGUCAGAACUGGGAGGGGGGUCUAGGGGGCGUCCCGGGGCUGGAGGCCCAUGGAGGGUACACCUUCUGUGGGAUGGCUGCCAUGGUCAUCCUGGGGAAGGAGCACAUGCUGGAUCUCAAGUCUCUGCUGCGGUGGGUGGCCAGCAGACAGAUGAGGUUUGAGGGAGGGUUCCAGGGUCGCUGUAACAAACUGGUGGACGGCUGCUACUCCUUCUGGCAGGCUGGGCUGCUGCCACUGCUACACAGAGCCCUCUUCAAAGGAGGGGACUCUACAUUGAGCCUGCAGAAGUGGAUGUUUGAGCAGCAGGCGUUGCAGGAGUACAUCCUCCUCUGCUGUCAGAACCCUGCUGGCGGGCUGCUGGACAAGCCUGGCAAAUCCAGAGACUUCUACCACACCUGUUACUGUCUGAGUGGUCUGUCUGUAGCGCAGCACUUUGGCAACAUGGAUCUGCACCACGAGCUGAUCGUCGGCCGGGAGGAGAACAGACUGGCCCCCAUCCACCCCGUCUACAACAUCUGUCCAGAGAAGGUAGCCCAGGCCAUCCAACACUUCCACCAGCUGCCUGUGCCUGCACAGAAAGAGGGGUCCUCGGUCUGCAACACUACCACUGACCACUCCUAGUGCUCACAGUGUAGGCAUGCAUAUGAGAGUAUAUGAGGGGGUCAAUUUGAGCAUGAAGGCGAGGCUCAGAAUCGCUUAUCUUGAUCACAUGAAUAGUUAUUUGGGAUGCAAGGUUUGUCUAUAUCGGUGAUUCUUUUGCAGUACGACUGCAAUGAUUAACUCUGGGAUAAGGUAGUAGUGGCACAUAACCCCUGAUACAGGAUCAGAUAUUUUUGUCAUCCCCCUUAGGAUUCAGGGUAAAUCUGUUCCUAGAUCUGUGGUUAGGAGCAACUUAUAGUGCCUUCAGAAUGUAUUCACACCACUUUUUCCAAAUUUUUGUUGUUACAAAGUGGGAUUAAAAUGGAUUAAAUUAUCAUUUUUGGUCAACGAUCUACACAGAAUUUUUUUUUUUUUAUAAAUAUCCCCCUCACACAUUAUGCUUUAAAAACGUAAUGGUUGUUAAUCAUUGCUAGAAUGCCAUUUUCAAGUCUUGUCAUAGAAUUUCAAUUAGAUAUAAGUAAAAACCGUAACUAGACCACUCAAAUAUUCAACGUCGUCUUGGUAAGCAACAUCAGUGUAUAUUUAGCCUUGUGUUUUAGGUUAUUGUUCUGCUGAAAGGGGAAUUCAUCUCCCAGUCUGGUAGAAAGCAGACUGAACCAGGUUUUCCUCUAGGAUUUUGCCUGUGCUUAGCUCCAUUCUGUUUUAUUUUUUUUAUCCUGAAAAACUCUCCAGUCCUUAACAAUGACAAGCAUACCCAUAACAUAAUGCAGCCACUACUAUUCUUGAAAAUAUGGAA